AUGCCUGCCCUAUUCCCCCAUCACAGUGAGCUGCCAGGGAAGCAUUGUCGGAGGAGGAAAGCUCGCACCGUGUUCUCAGACUCUCAGUUAUCGGGAUUGGAGAAACGUUUUGAGUUGCAGCGUUACCUGUCCACCCCAGAAAGAGUGGAGCUAGCCACUGCUCUCAGCCUCUCGGAGACACAGGUGAAAACCUGGUUCCAAAAUCGUAGGAUGAAGCACAAAAAGCAGCUGAGAAAGACUCAGGAUGACAAUAAAGCCCCAUCCAGUGAUGGACCCUUAGACCAUGGCUCCAGUGACACAGAACUCGGGGACAAUCCCGGAGCAGAUAUGGACAAGGACCCAAACAGCCAGAGUCGGUACCUGAGAGAUGAACCAGAAGAUGAGGUGGAUAUCAUAGAGGAUGACAUGUGUCCCCCCCAUCUGCUAUAA